AUGAGGAGUAAGGUGAAGCUAUCGCUCAUAGCGAAUGAAACAGCAAGGAGAACAACGUUCAAGAAGAGGAAGAGGGGGAUUAUGAAGAAGAUCAACGAACUGACCACUCUCUGCGGUGUCGAAGCCUGUGCGGUCGUGUUCAGCCAGUUCGACCCGAACCCGGAGGUAUGGCCAUCAACAGUUGGCGCUCAAGAGGUGUAUUCGAGGUUCUUGGAUAUGCCGGUGCUGGAUCGGACCAAGAAGAUGCUUGAUCACAAGAGCUUUCUAUGGGAGAGGAUCAAGAAAGCGCAAGAGCAAACGAAGAAGAUCUACUCUGAUAACCGAGAGGCUGAGGUUAGAGAAUUUAUGUUCGAGUGUCUCGCAGGGAGGAAGACGGUGGAGAAUCAGAAUUACGAUCCACGUGAUUUGCGAGAUCUGACUUCUUGCAUUGAAAACUAUGACAAGGCGGUAGAUCGCAGGAUCGAGGUCCUGAAGAGGAACGGUGAGUCUUCUUCUCUUGUUCCCGUUGCGGAUGCGGCUCCUCCUCUUGUUGCGGAUGCGGAUGCGGAUGCGCAUGCGGCUGCGGCUGCGGAAACUGCCCGUACUCGUCUUUAUGAUCGUAUUCGUCAAUAUCAUAACAUGGAGAUGCAGCAGAUCCAAAAUCUGCGAGGACAGGUUACGUACCAGUCUCAUGCCAACUCUUAUGAUCAUAUUCAUCAGAAUAUGAUUCAGCAAGAGCCGGUUCAUGACUACCAGGCUCCGGUUAGUUUUUAUGGUGAGAAUCAAUACAGGUUCUUUGGCAUGGAUCCGAACCAGCUUGUGAAUCAGUAUCCGAAUCAACAACAAUCGUUCAUGGAUCAGCUGAUGAUGGCACAUCAUGGGCUGAUGGAGUCUGUUGAAGAGCGUGCAAGCGGAACUUACAUGGACGGGAACUACUACCGCUACCAACAACCACCAACCACCGGUCACAUGCCUUCCAUCACCACCGCCACCGGUUACAUGCCUUCCAUCACCACCGUUGCCACCGGUCACAUGCCUUCCAUCUCCACCCCCACCUCCACCACCGACAUCACUGCUGCCAGCGCCACCACCCCUACCACCGACGAUACCGCUGAUGCUUCUGCUGUUAACAUCAACAACAAUGUUUGGCCAACGAGGUUCGGUUUUGAGUGA